UCGCUUUGAGUGGUUUAAGUGAGAAAGGAGCACUGACAACGCUUGCCGAUACUUCACUACUGGACACAUUCAUUUCUUUUACUUAUUUAUUCUACAUUUGUGACCUUCGCUGAGGACGUUAUAUCUAUCUGCUUGCGAACCGUCCGUAAAUCGCUUGUGUUAUCCAUGACCUCUAUGAAGGAUCCGUUGAGUUUGGACCACCAUCACCACAAUCACCACAUUACCGGGAGCAAACACACGCCGCUUACGAUGGCCUCUAGUCUGCAACCGCUCCAGCGGUCUGUGGACUCUAAACACAGGCUGGAGGUUCACACGGUUUCAGACACCUCCAGUCCAGAGUCCGUAGAGAAAGAGAAGGGACAGAGUAAAAACGAAGAUUCGACUGAUGACCCAUCGAAAAAGAAGAGACAGAGGCGGCAACGAACGCAUUUUACUAGCCAACAACUCCAAGAACUGGAGGCCACUUUUCAGCGGAAUCGCUAUCCGGACAUGUCCACCAGAGAGGAGAUCGCUGUUUGGACUAAUUUAACAGAGGCCAGAGUCAGAGUGUGGUUCAAGAAUCGACGGGCAAAAUGGAGAAAAAGGGAGAGAAACCAGCAGGCAGAGUUGUGUAAAAACGGGUUCGGCCCUCAAUUCAACGGACUUAUGCAGCCCUACGAUGACAUGUAUCCCAGCUACACGUACAACAACUGGGCUGCAAAGGGGCUCACGUCGGCCUCUCUGUCUACCAAAAGCUUCCCCUUUUUCAAUUCCAUGAACGUCAACCCGCUGUCGUCCCAGGCCAUGUUCUCUCCACCUAACUCCAUCUCUUCAAUGAGCAUGUCCUCCAGUAUGGUUCCGUCUGCUGUCACCGGCGUGCCCGGAUCAAGCUUAAACAGCCUCAAUAACUUGAAUAACCUCAGCAACCCCUCUCUAAAUUCGGGGGUUCCCACGCCGGCGUGCCCUUACGCCCCACCGACACCUCCGUAUGUUUACCGGGACACUUGUAACUCCAGUCUUGCCAGUCUGAGACUGAAAGCCAAGCAGCACUCGAGUUUUGGAUACGCGAGCGUUCAGAAUCCGGCCUCCAAUCUCAGCGCUUGCCAGUACGCAGUGGAUAGACCGGUGUAAGAGACGAUUGUAGAAUUUACAAUCCCAAAUCCCAGGAACGAGAGACUACACUUUUUGUUUCAAGGGCACUAGAAGAAUAAACCACUGAAACGCGUCCAAUCCUGUGAUGGAAUGUCAAGCGGGAACGCAAGGCAAACGCGCCAUUUCUAAUAAGAUUUGUUCUCUACACUAGCAAGUGCACACUAGCCAGUGAAGAGUUUAGGAUACCAGUAUAUUUAAAAAAGCUCAUUUAUUUUGACGUUUCAACUUUUGGACAGUAAUUGACUGAACGGUUGUAUAUAGGCUAUACAUAUAUCUUAAAAUCAUCUCCAAUUUGUAGAGGCGAAAGCUCUAACUCUUAAGCAUUUUCGAGAAUUCAGUUUAACACAGCAUGUGGAAAACGUACAGGAAUCAUGUCUUGCUUGCGAUCAAGGGAAUGUACAUACUAAACGCACCAGUCGUGUGUGAUAUUAUAAAUUUAUUAUUAAAUGUCUGUGUGAAUAUAGAUCUAGAAUAGCAACCCUGGGUAAUAAUACGCAAAUGUUUCUGCGAAAUGAACUUGGUUUUUGCUCUGUGUAUAAUAUUUGGUACGGAAUUUUUGUUUCGUUUUUCA